AUAUAGUUUUGAAUGAAAUAUGAAAUCCGCAAGAGAAAUUUUCCAGUUGCUUUCCAGAGCGCAAAGAAAAUUGAAACUUAAGUCUCCUAAGUUCCCAAUUGUGAGUUUAAUGUGAAGUGAAACAACCAACUCAAAUGUAYCUCAAAAGUGAUUGUUGUGUAAAUAAAAACAAUUGUGAUUCUUGAAUCAAAUAAGAAAUUAUUUAUACGUAUCUCAAAGGAGCAGCACAAGACAUCCGAGAAUCAAGAUUUCAAUUAAAUGAUAAACUGGAUUUGUCGAUGUAGCAAGAAGAAGGGUGAGAAGAAACAAAUUGGCGGCGCCAAUUGUUUCGUUGGAGCACUGAAGCAAAGCGGUAGRGGGUGUAUAAAGAUCGAGCGUUGCUCGCGCUGUGCGGUUCGUUGCUCGGUUUUCGCCUUGGCAGAGCGUCCAAUGUACUGCGGAUUUUAACGUUCAGUGGUUGUUUGGUUUUGCCCCGGUUGUUUGACGCACGCUGCGCGGCAAGAAAAUUGUUGUGGCAGUAAAAAACAAGUUAGCACGCAAUGGCAUGGCUAUAUGUUGGCAGUGCUUGAUUCAGUGGGCACAGGUAAAAUCUUCACGGAAAAAAUAAUAUCAAAAGCAUUAAUAAAACAACAAAAAGCAGAGCUAACUACGUGAGUGGUUUCGGUUUGUAGACGGUGAACUUUUAUUUUUUUUAUUGCUUGGGUUCGUGCUGCUUGGGUGAUUCAGCCUCGAGAUUAAGACAAGCAUAGUCUGCAGUAGCGAAAAGAAACUACGUUCAACAUCUCAGCAGCAGGCAAAAAAUUUGCCUUCGUGCAACAAAAAAGACGAGUUCGUAGACGGUAUCAUCAAUUGUGGCAAAGGCAAAGCUAGAAAAUCGCACGGUUAAAUGAAAAAUACAUAUUUAUAUUGAAUAUGCCUCUCGCUGUGUACGUGCAAAUAUAUAAAUAAGUAAUGGAAAUCCUCAUGAAACUAAAAUGUUCACCAUCUGUACCGAACCACGGCAACAGCACCACACACUCUACUCUCAAAGUCGUUGACCAUCAUCAUCAACUAACUCAGCAGCACGCAACAUUACCAGCACCCGUAACAACAACCCCACCAACACUCAUUCGCUUGCCAUCACAAACAAACGUAACUUAUGGGUCCCCACCAUCAUUGCCGACAAUCGCUAUUCAAACCCUACCCAGUGUACCAUCCAAAAGACCAUGUUUGAAUUAUUCAAAGUCUUUGGAGUGCUGCAACAUUACCGCUACCCAACAGGGAAUUGAAAUAUUUAGCUUACCAUGGGAUCAGCAAGGUCGCCGGAACGUUACAUACGAAGUUUCAAUGCAAAAACCUCCAUCUUGUUGCUCAGAUAUCAACGCCAGCAAUUUGUACGAAACACCUGCUUGUUGUAGUACGUACGGCACAGUUUCGACUGCAUCUCAUUCAACUGGCACGCCGCAACUAGCUCAACUCCCGCCACUACAGCAGGCACCUACAAUGCAUCCUCCUCCAUUGUCGUUCCAAAUUGCUUCUUCUGAAGAUUUGUCCGAAAAUGAUUCAAUGGCAGAUUUAGAUACACAUUACGAAUAUAAGGAACCUGAAGAAAACUUUAUCUCGAUAGAAGAUACUAAAAUAAAAGGUUUUUUGGUAAAAAUUGGCCGCGAAUGUGCUUUGCAGAAAAGGAGACAAAAACCUAGAGAUCGUGUAAUUGAAUAUGUUCAUAAAUCACCAGAGAAUCAAGUGGAUUUUGAAAUUAUUGAUUUAGAUGAUGAGGAUGACCGGGAAGAGCUUCGACAAAUAAUGCAUCAGGUGGAAAAARACACUCUUAAAAAAGAUGUACAACGUGAUGUUCAGCAUAUCGCUAUGUCGGAUUUAAAUAUGUCUACCAAGAGUCGAGAUAAAUGCAGAGCCAGACUCAAAUCUCCAUGUAUUAGCCUUAUUCCAAAGAGUCCGCCCCUUACAUCAAAAUCUGCGAAGGUGAUUCCUCAGCAGAAAAUCGAACUCUCUAAGGAACGUAUAAUUGCACAUAUAGAACUCUCUGAUACCAGUGACUCUGAACCAGAACAAUGCGAAAAUAUAACUGAGAAUAUUCGGAGUACAGAAAGUGCAGUGGCUGUGGUUGGAUUCAAUAGCGAUGAUGAUGAGGAUGAGCUAUCGUUCGCAGCUGCAGCUGUUACUUGUGAACUGGAAUGUGACGAUGAUGACAUUGAUAACAUUGAGAAAAAUUCCGACAUUGCAAAGACAAGUACAAAUAUUUCAAGCAACGAAGUUGUUGUCCUGCAUUCAGACGACGAAAAUWUUGAGUCCAUCGAUAAACCAGAAAAAGGACAAGAAUUGAAUUGGGAAGAUAUAGAUAGACGUGAAAAGGGUCGACAAUUUUUCGAAUGUUAUUUAUGUGGCAAAAAGGUGCAAUCAAGUUAUAAUUUGAGAAGGCACAUGAUGAUACACACAGGUGAACGUCCAUUUGGUUGCGAUAUGUGUGAUCGGAGAUUCCGUGAGUUCAGUGACCUGAAGAAACAUCGCCGCCGACACUCAAACGAAACAAAUUUCGUAUGUAUGGUAUGUCGUGUGAAACCUCCCAUGAUUCAAGAUUCAACACGUUGCAAUGAUUGCGAUUCGAAGACGAGUGCAAUAACAGCAGCAAUGCGACCUCAACUUUCCGCGUCACCUUCUUUACCAGAUACACCACAAACACCAUCGUUACCAAUGCCCACGCUACCACCCCCACCACUCACGGCAAGGCCUUCGCUAUCUACUGACAGAUUCCAUGAUACAUCAACAAUAACAAGUUACACCUUAAUUGAAAACUCCGCUGAGACAAGCAACAAGGAAACGCCCAAAACUAUAGGAAAAAUUACACUAGAUCUUGAAGAUUCUACCUCUUCCCCGAAGCGCUCAAGUUCUACACCUCUGCCUAGCGYAGAUAUGCCGUCCUUAGUGCCUAUAAAUGCCCCGUUUACAGUUAAUAAAACAGCUCCAACUAGUACUCAAUUGUUGCUUGACAAUAUCCCUGUGGUUCAUCGACCCAACUAUAAUCAGUUAGGUAUUGUAACUCGGAAAGAAUUUCCUUGUCCACUGUGUCAGCGUCCAUUUGGUACGCGCCACAAUCUAAAGCGUCACUUCAUGAUACAUACGGGCGAAAAACCAUUUUCUUGCAAUAAAUGCCGUAAACCGUUUCGAGAAUACUCAACCCUAAAGAAACAUAUGGCGACCCAUCAACGCGAUCGCUAUUAUAAAUGCCUUCAUUGUCCAAGGAAAUAUCGUGACUACUUGGAGUAUAGCGGGCAUAAAAAAACUCAUACAAACGAGGAAGACGAUGAYGAUGAUGACGACAUGAAUUUUGAUCAGCAACAGUUGAGCUCGUCCAGCACCACGUCCAGUCCACAAAAGAAAGUAAAAAUAAGUUGUGACAGUAGUUACGAUUCAAACGAAGAAGACUCGUCCAGUGAAGACUGGUUGGAGUGUUGCGAGUGUAAGCAACGUUUCACAGAAAUCGAGUUGUACACUAAACAUUUGAAAGAGCACGAUCCUAUGGUGUAUCUCUACGAAUGCUAUAUCUGCAAAAAGACUUUUGAGCAGCGUGAUGAGCUAAUCGAGCAUGUGAGCGCUUGCAAGGAAGAGUUGCGCGAAACAGCAUUGCAACGUGCUAAAUGUUUCAAUUAAUAUUUGUAGUUCUUCCAAAAGUGAUUUAACUAUGCAAUAUAUGACCUACAAAAAUGAAUGUUAAUACUCCAGGCGAAUUAGUCUGUCUCCAAUCACCAAUUUAGAUUUGGAAAUAUAUAAGGUAUUUAAGGUAUUUAAAGUACUUAAAAUUUUCUAUAAAAUUGUGUUAUUACAAAUUACUGUUAUACCCAGCAAUGAAAAUACAGUUUAACUGUUAGACUUUUCAUAAAGCAGAGAUGGUUUAUACAUGAAAAUUUGUCUAAUUGUAUUCCAGUGACAUUCCAAUAUAGUAUUUGAUUUUAUAUUUAUAUGUAUUUGUUUAUUUAUCUAGUUAGUAGGAUUCAAAAUACCUUCCCCAACAAAUUGAAAAGUAGAGUAUGAUGAGAUUGCAUAUGAUAAGAUAUAAGAAUACCUACAUAUAUAAUACAGUAAUGAAGCUGAAGUAAUGCAGCUAAAGGUAUCUAGUUUGACAAACAACUUUGAAUCAAAGCUGUUUAAUAUAAUGGAACGAUUUUUGUAAUUAAAAAUAUGUAUUCGGUUGAAAUAUUGGUCAUUAGUUGUUAGGUUGUUAUGUCAAAAUUCAACAUAUAAUAUCUUAACGAUUUGAUCCGAUUUUAGUGCAAUAAGUUCUCAGUGGAUGUAUUAUUAGUUAAASUUUUUACUCCCAUGUUCCUUAAACGGACAGACAUACAGCUUUCACAUUGUACUUUUUUCCCUCAGUCUCGAAUGCUCUCAUUUUUAAAUAUAAAAAAAAAAAAUGAAAAAGCUUGUGAUUCUCGACAAACCYUUUGGUAUAAAAUUAAUGAUAAGAAUAUAUUUUUUAGAAAUACUAUAACUAGACUAGGAAAACUAUAUAUUUAUACCGCGUUUAUACGUAUG